GGGCGCCUCCUGUUGGUCAGGAAUUAUCAGAGCCAUGCAAACAUGGCAGCUGCUGUCAGGAUGUGGACGUGGAACUGUCCGACAAGAGGAGAUUUGUGUCCAUGGCUGGUGGUUUUUGUAGUUUUAUUCAGUAGUGUGAAUGAAUCCAGAGCGGCGCCAGAGACAGGGCUGUGGAAAUUCACAAUUAAUAAUACCUCAAGACCACUGCUCAUAAGGAAAGCCAUGUUUGAAAACACUGAUAUUGAAUUGAAAGUUGUGUCCUUUUACUGUCCCGGGGAGGUGGAAUUCACUAUUCAUUGGCUUUUAAAAUAUUACCAAUGCUCCAAUGAGUACAACAAUAUUGAAGAAAUGUACGACAUGACGCCUCAGAGUCGUGGCGACAGUCUGGAUCCCAAACCCAACAGCCCGGGAGAGUACAUCGAACACAGACACGGUUUAAUCAAGUGCCACAAGAAUCUGCGUUCUUUCCCCAUGCUCAAAAAAUCGAAGGCGGAGCCACGUCCAGUGGUUCAACGUGACGAAAAGGAAAUGCUUCGAAAACUGGAGGAUAAAAACUGGAUUUCUGAAGAGUAUGGCGAUGUAAAGAACAACAGUGGGAUGAUAAAGGACAACGUUAUAGCCACCACAUGGCGGGAUGGACCUUACCUGCUGGUUGUGAACGUGUCUUCAAAGGAAGCGAACUGGAAUUUGACAGUAAAUGUGGUGAUGAAAGGCAAGCAUGGCUUCAUCUCUGUCACAGAGUGGCCUCUCAUGAUCUUCUACAUGGUCAUGUGCGUAGUGUACAUCCUGUACGCUCUGCUGUGGUUCAUGUGGGCGGCCUGCUACUGGAAGGAUCUGCUGAGGAUCCAGUUCUGGAUCGCGGGGGUCAUUUUCCUCGGAAUGGUGGAGAAGGCCGUCUUCUGCGCUGAAUAUGAAAACACCAAUGCUGUUGGCUCCGCUUCUCCAGGCUUGUUGGUCUUUGCUGAGUUGGUCUCUGCUCUCAAAAGAACUUUGGCCCGGUUACUCGUCAUCAUCGUCAGCCUGGGCUAUGGCAUAAUAAAGCCACGACUCGGAACUGUGAUGCACAGAGUUGUGGGUCUCGGUUUUUUGUACUUUGCCUUUGCCAGCAUCGAAGGCAUCCUGAGGAUUACAGGGACAAAAGACUCUGACUUGUCCCUGCUGGCCAACAUUCCCCUGGCUCUGCUUGAUUCCUCUCUAUGCUGGUGGAUCUUUGUCAGCUUGGCCCAAACCAUCAAAACCUUGAAACUGAGGAGAAACCCCGUGAAACUGUCGCUCUACAGGCACUUCACCAACACUUUAAUAUUCGCUGUCCUUGCUUCUAUCAUUUUCAUGGUUUGGUCUGCGAAAAAGUUACAUUUAGCUGAUUGUCAGUCUGACUGGGUGGAGCUUUGGGUAGACGAUGCUUUCUGGAGGUUUUUGUUCUCCGCCGUUCUUCUCGUCAUAAUGUUUUUAUGGCGACCGUCCGCAAACAACCAAAGGUAUGCGUUUACACCUCUCAUGGACGACUCGGACGACGAGGAGAUUGAAGAGUUUACAGCCUCUGCAAACCUCGCUGAUGGUAUAAAGUUAAGAGCAGCUAAAAGUGAGACAAAUGGCACAGCCAAACCUCCAGAAACAAAUGCAGAUGAAGAAUUAAAAUGGGUGGAGGACAACAUUCCUAGCUCUCUUACUGAUGUAGCUCUACCUGUCCUGCUCGACUCAGAUGAGGAAAUCAUGACAACAAAGUACGAGAUGUCGAAGCUGGAGUGAGGCGAGACACGUCCGGGCGAUUGUGGAAGAACAGCAGCUGCCCCCGACUCAGGAGAGGGGUUCUGUUCGAUUUCUAAGCGGACUUUUGCAGAGUGCCAUUUUUCUUUUUAUUUAUUUAUUUUCCUCCCCACCGUUCAAGGUUUGCUCCUGAAUGGCUGCCUCUUCACAGGAUGGUGCAGGCAGAAGUUUUACGGGACCUUAACACGAAUUUCCCUCAGUUUCUUCUUAUAUGUCAGGAAACAAACACAUUUCACUGACCAACAGSUUCACGGUUUCAGAUGUUUGACCAGUUUUGAUCUUUCCAAAGAGACUAUUUCUUCUUAUGUUGUGUAUUUAUUUUUAUUUGUUAAAUUAUUUUACUGACAAUGUAACAAGAAGUCACGUGUAAAAACAUCUCAGUAUCAACAUCACUGAGGAGUUUUAACAUAAAAAAACACAAAAAGCCCAUUUCUUCACUUUAUAUUUCAAGUUUUGCUUCCAGAAUUUAAUGUAAUUUAAUUCAGUCCAUUUCUCAAUCCAU